AUGCCAUCCGCAAGGCGCUCGUCGCAAGGCGCUUCCGCGGCCGCUGUCGCCUCUUCAUCGGCCGACGCUGCCUCGAAGGGCAAAGACAAAGCAGCAACCACCACCACGGCCUCCUCAUCAGCCUCGACCGAAAGCGCAACAACGACAACCGCAGUGCAGCCAUCCACAGAAGCCGGUCCAUCGAAUCCAUCCACCAAGCCUCCGGCGCCAAAAGAAGAAGCCUCGACAGACGCACACCUCGAGCUGCUCACCGAGCACUUUGGCUACAACCCCAAGUCCUUCAUCGAUGCGCUGGUCUACCUCUCCAACGAGCAUCUGUACAGCAUCGCGACCGAGUUCGAGGUGGUCAUCUCUGACCUUCUCAAGGGUGUGGAGGGCGGGGAGCUGGAAGCGGAACAGGGGAUCCACGGGAUUCUGACGCUCAUGGAGAACUCGCUGGAUCACACGCUGGACACGUUUGAGCUGUACUGCUUCAGGUCCGUGUUCGGCAUCCGCUCGCGCCAAGCGAAGUACAUGACGCUGGACCAUCAUCGUGGGUUGGACUUGAGGACAAAGGCGACGGGUGGGAAGGCGAAGAAGGGUGUACCGAGCGCCAACGAGAGAAGCUACCAGCUGGGUGAGACGGAAGACUCGCUCAAGCGCCAGAUCGCCGCUGCCAGGGCUACACAACACAAGCUGCUCCUCGCGCAAAAUGCAACGCAGGAGAGCCUCAAUCGCAUGCUCCAGCUGGCGGAUCGCUUCUCGGCUAUCCUCUACGCAGAACCUACAACGGACAGCAAGUCGACAGUGCCAGUUCUGACGGAAACGCUUGGCCAACAUGCACGCAAGCUGAAAGCGGACACCAUUCCGUUGCUCAGAGCGCUUGGCGAGCUUCGGUCCGCGGAUCCGCUUGGAGCGCCAUUGUACUCCGGCAGCGCAUCGGCGUCAAAGGGCAACACAGGCGAUGCGGACGGAGACGACGAGAAUGCAGCGGACGUGCGGGUGUGGGAGCGCGGACGAGAGCCGUACUUGAAUUGGGAGGUGGACCGCAUUCUUGCCAAAAGCAAGCGGGGUGGUGCGGGUGCAGCUGCAACGAGUGCGACUACAACGUCAACAGGCGCGGACAAGGAUGCCGUAGAGGAAGAGGCGGCAGCAGCAGCGGCGGAGGAUGACUCCAAGACGCCAAAGAGGAAGAGGACAUUGACCGGUCAACCGGCAUCGUCGAAACGCAGGACGCCAGGGACUGCAGGCCGUUCACGAGGCUAG